AUUUUUUUUUACAGUUGAGGUUACACCAAAACUGUCUGAUCCUGCCAAGUAGUCUAGUUUUCUGUCUUAAGUUUAUAGGUUCCACAGAAGAAACUUUCAAGACAUGGAGCCUCCUGAGACAGGAAAGCCCAUUCCAAAGGAACUUUAUCCCUAUUACAGGAGUCUUCCGCAGAACUUCAAACUCACCAGCUACGCCGGUCUCAGAGGGUGAGGCUGUAAAGUCCCACAAAAGGUUCUUAUGAAACUUUUGGAGGGGCUUGUAACAAACCCAGCUAGAAGUGACGAACAUAGUUUAUCCACAAAUACAGAUCAUGAAAAUCCUCAAUUGUCAAAUGAUAGUUCCAAAGAUAGCCAUUCUUGUAGUUCUCCUGUAGUAGGAAUCGGCCUUGACUCAGCGAUGAUACCAAUAAAAAAUGGAUCUCUCUUUCUUAUUCAGACUACAGAUUUCUUAUAUCCUUUGAUUGACGAUCCUUACAUUAUGGGGAAGAUUGCUUGUGCUAAUGUUCUAAGUGAUCUGUACGCCAUGGGAGUGACGGAUUGUGAUAACAUGUUAAUGUUAGUCGGCGUUUCAACUGAAAUGAAUGAUUCAGAACAAACUGCCAUUUACACUCUAAUGAUGGGAGGAUUCAAGGAUGCCGCCAAAGAAGCUGGAUGUUUUGUAAGAGGAGGAGACACCAAUUACAACCCGUGGUGUGUUAUUGGCGGUGUCGCUACAACAAUAUGCAGAUCUGUUGAUGUCGUUGUCCCUGACAAUGCACAACCAGGUGAUGUUUUGGUAUUGACUAAACCUUUAGGAACGCAAACUGCUACAUUCGCUUAUCCUUGGCUUAAAGAUCCUGAAAAAUGGAAUAACAUUAAACACGUUAUUUCCGAACAGGACAUGAAAAUCGCUUACUUUCAAGCUGUCGAUUCAAUGGCACGCUUGAACAAAAUAGCUGCGGAGCUUAUGAAAGUCUAUGAUGCACAUGCAGCCACAGAUAUUACGGGAUUUGGGCUGCUCGGACAUGCAGAAAACUUAGCCCGACAUCAAAAAAAUGAUGUAACAUUCUGUAUACAAAAACUCCCCAUUAUUGCUCAUAUGGCUGAUGUCAAUAAAGCCGUUAACGACCGAUUUCAAUUGCUGACGGGCAGAGGCAUUGAAACCUCAGGAGGUCUUUUGAUAUGCUUCAAACCAGAACACGCUGCUCAGUUCUGCAAGGAUAUAAAAAAUGUUGAAGGCUAUGAUGCAUGGAUUAUCGGAGAAGUGCAAGGAGGUGGUAGAACAGCUGAAAUUAACUCCCCUGAGCUAAUAGAGGCUUUUCCAAAAGAAAACUACGUCGAUACUUAAGCUGUGGUAUCAUUUAAAAGAAAAUAAAACUUAUAAAAAUUCCAUUUCAAGUUUGUGAUUUUAUGACUCUAAACAAGGAAAGCUCACUGGAGUUGUUGUUUGGACAAUGGUUUUCACAAAGUUAAAUGGUUUUUAUGUAUUUGUUAUAAAUAAUUAAAGGUAUAUUUUAACAUA